CACAAUAACGUGUCUCAGAGGAAGUUUGUACACUCACGAUACAAAUUGGACUUCCAGUGCAAAGACAGCCAGUUGGGUCCACAAGCACGACUUUUUUUUUUUUCUGGAGACGAUGUGAACAUUUUGGAUUUUCGGCAUUGAAGAUGUGCCGUUUUCACUCCCUGCUGUGGAUUCUAUGCGCCGCGCCGGUAGGCAGCAUUUUCCGGGGGGCUUGUCCGAAAAAAGAGGCUCCUCCUGGAGUGUUGGUGGUGUCCCCCGGAAGCCGAUUACUUCUGUCCUGUGAUGGCGACGUGAGGGUGGAUGGAGCAAAAGUCAACGCGGACGCGUCUCCUGAGACGCACACCAGCAACGGAGAUUUCAGAAAAAAGGAUUUGAACGCAACGAAGGAAAGAAUUCACCAGCGUGGUGGACAAACAUCGUUAUCGUUAUCAUCAUCCUUUCCCGCACAUCAAGUGGUCCGGGCGACCGUGACACCUCUGGAGGGCGGAAACGCAAACGGGGGGACGAGGGUCGUCAAAGGGAAGUCCAAAUGGAAGUGGAACGGGAAGACGGUGGGGAGAGGACACUGGGAGUCGGACGGCUUCGCGUUGGGAAGAAGUGGGACGCAGCUGUCCGUGACUUCGGUGCGGCUGAGGGAUUCUGGGAAUUACACGUGUCAGUACAGAGGUCGAGUGAUGUUCUCCUUGAAGGUCAUUGUGGCAGAUCCUCCAGAAGUUCCCAAACUGUCCUGUUCCAAAAAGUCACCCAGCAGUAAGAUCCGCUGUGAUUGGACGCCUCGGAAGCCAUUGCCGUUACAUCCAAACUGCUCUCUCUUCAUCAAUAAAAGGCCCAGUGACAGAUUCCAGCGUGUUCAGUGCUCCUUCUCCUCCCAGCGGUCCCGCUGCUGGUGCGUUCUGGAGCACGACGACGACGAGCUCAGGACACGUCACAUGGCCUACUUGUGUGUCACGAAUAUGGCGGGAAACACCACCAGUGCUAUUUUGUCCUUUAGUCCUUUGGACAUUUUGAAGCCUGACCCUCCGUCAGCUGUGUCAGUCCAACAGGAAGUGGGACACCAAACCAGGAUGAGAGUGAACUGGACUUUCCCUUCGUCCUGGAAGUCGCAAGAUAGCUAUUAUGAGCUUAAGUAUGAAAUCAAAUACCAGCCCGUCGACUCGUCGCCCUCGAGUGUGCAGCUGAAGCCAAUCAAGGGCCGCCGCUCGUUCACGAUCACCGACGCGAUUCCAGGCGUGGAGUACACGAUCCAACUCAGAACUCGGGACGAAUUCGAUGGACUCUGGAGUGGCUGGAGCGCACCCGUCUAUGGAAGCAGCUGGAUUGACUCCAGGACAGAAGAGCCAAUUGCAUUGCUGACUGAAGAACUGAUGAACAUCACGUUUCCCGAGUAUGAAGGUUCCGGCACGGAUGAUCCAUCUGAAGCACAUCCCGAAGCCAGCGUCAGACCCAAAAUAGUGUCGCAUCACCUCGCGUGGAUCUCCUGUUUGUUUGCCAUCCUCGCCAUGAUUUUGUCCGCCUACUUGUUCAGACACAAAGAAAAAUUAUUUGCCAAAGUGCACAGUCUGAGUUUCAGAAGCCAAAACAAAGGACCCGCCCAGCCCAAACCGGCUGCCCCAAUAGCGCCAGAAAGUCGAGCUUUGGUGACCUUGAGCCCCCCGUGUCCAAAGGAAGAGCCGCCCGUGGCCGAAGAGGAAGACGAGGGGGUCGAAAAUGAUGCAGAGACGGCAAGGACCGAAGCAAUUCACUUCAACAAUACAACCUAUUUCUUCACCCAGAGCGAGUGAUAACAGAAAAUGAACUCUGAAUGUUUAUAACAACACCAGCAAAAGCUUGUACAGUAUAUGAGGUGUAACAAUUUAGAAGGAAGACUGUUGGCCAUGAAUCCAAUUGCUAUUCUGUUGUAAUAUUUAUUGUUUAUUCCUUUUACUCUGUGCUACUUUUGCAAGCUUUUUACGUAACACACACACACACCGCACACAAAAAAACAUAGGGAAGGAAAAAUUAAUGAUUCGAUCUUUUUCGGCCUUUUUACUUUAUAUAGUGUCAAGCAUACAGCCUUUAAGCUACCGUGUAUUUAAUAUACACCGCCAUAUUGUAUCGUUAAUCGAUGGAAUUUGUACCAAAUGCUCUGUGUAUAGUUCAAUCAGUACGUGUCUGUCAAAUAUUUUUUUUCUAAAGUUUGUAAAAUAUCAGAUUCAUGGAAUUUAUGCACUGUGAAAAUGUAAAUAUAAAGAUUUAUCUAUAUUAA